AUGGCUUUCGGCGACCGUGGAGGACGUGGCGGUGGCGGACGCGGCGGCGGCCGUGGUGGCUUCGGCGGUGGUCGCGGCGGUGGCCGCGGCGGUGCUGCUGGCGGGCGCGGCGGGUUUGGCGGUGGCCGCGGUGGUGGUGGUGGUCGUGGUGGCCCUGGCGGGCGCGGUGGCGCGCGUGGCGCUCCCCGCGGUGGUGGCCGUGGCGGCGGCCGUGGCGGCAAGCCCGGUCUCGGCGGCAAGAAGGGUCCCGGUGCCGUGACUAUCGAGCCCCACAAGCACGCCGGUGUCUACAUCGCCAAGGGCAAGGAGCACCUCCUUGUCACCCGCAACCUCACCCCCGGCGAGAGCGUGUACGGCGAGAAGCGUAUUUCCGUGGCUACCAUGAACGCCGAGGGCGAGGAGGAGAAGGUCGAGUACCGCGUCUGGAACCCCUUCCGUUCCAAGCUUGCUGCUGGUAUUCUCGGUGGUCUCGACGACAUCCACAUCAAGCCCGGUGCCAAGGUGCUCUACCUCGGCGCGGCGUCCGGCUCGACCGUCUCGCACGUCGCCGACAUCGUCGGCCCCGAGGGUGUGGUGUACGCCGUCGAGUUCUCGCACCGCCCCGGCCGCGACCUGAUCGGCAUGGCCAAGAAGCGCACCAACGUCAUCCCCAUCGUCGACGACGCGCGCCACCCCCAAAAGUACCGCAUGCUGCUGCAGAUGGUCGACGUGAUCUUCGCCGACGUCGCGCAGCCCGACCAGGCGCGUAUCAUUGCGCUCAACGCGCACCACUUCCUCAAGCAGGGCGGCGCGAUCGUCAUCUCGAUCAAGGCCAACUGUAUCGACUCGACCGCACCGGCCGCCCAGGUCUUCGCAUCCGAGGUCAACAACAUGCGCAAGGAGGGCAUCAAGCCCAAGGAGCAGCUUACCCUCGAGCCGUACGAGCGUGACCACGCCAUCGUCGUCGGCCGCUACGAGCGCCACUCUGGCAACUAG